AUGUCGCGGCCGCUCGCUACCUCCUGGACACAGCACGAGAGCACCCACUGUACUACAAGACCAACACCACCACCACCACCACCACCACCACCGACAACAUCUAACCCACCAACUCCGUCGAUCUCUGUACCAACUCCACCGCCCAGCGUCACACCUACAAAUACAAAUUCUAUGACGGCUUCGCCAGCUGUAUCUCAACAACCACCGCAGCAGCCACCAACGUCCAUUAGUUCCUUUCCAAAUGCAAAUACAUCCGUAUCCACAGACGGAACAAAUUUAAAUCAACAAUCCGAUCUUUUACAGCCAUACAAUACUUUAGCUUCGGUGCCUACUACGCAGUCCUCCAUGGAAACACUUGCAGUCAAGAAGGAGCCUUCAUUUAUUCAAACACCCACUUUGGAUCAAACCCUCGCUAUCAAGAAAGAAUC